UGUAGCUUCCUGUAAAGAUAGGACUUCCUGGUCUCUGUCUCACACUCUCUACCCCACUCUUUAACCUCAGUUGAUAGUAUACUCUGUCUUUGCGAAUGCCUCAAUUGAUUCAGCCUGAUUGAUCGUAAUGAGUUUGGGGAGCUCAAACAUGGCUGGAGGUGCACUGGGAACAGCCUUCUCUCUCCUGUUUCUUGCCUCUAUUAUACAAGGGUUCCGGGAUGUUGAGGUGUUCCAUUAUGAAAAGAUGGAGGCAGUAGUGGGCCAGAACGUUACCUUACCUUGUACUGUAAAAGGCAGCCCUGAUCUCAAGAUCGUCAGUAUUGAAUGGAGAAAGAACAAAAAUGAAGACACAAAGCUGGUUCUGUACAGCGAAAAGUUUGGAAUCAAUCGAUUUUGGCCUAAUGUCACCAUGCAGAUUGAGAACGAGUCGAUGGGCUCCCAUCUCCACCUUUUCCGGGUGGCAAAAUGGGACAGCGGUUUCUAUAUUUGUGACAUCACAAGUUUUCCCCUGGGCACCAUCAGGAGAGAAACCGAGCUAGAGAUCAAAGAUGAUGUUAAAAUAAUGUGUAAUAUGGAUCGCAUUGUUGAGGUCUAUACUGGAGAACACGUGACCAUUCAAUGCAGAGCAUUCCCUGAUGCACAGUACAAGUGGACCAAGAACAAGAUACUGGUGUCAGAGAAUACAUCUCUGGAGCUCUGGUGUGUGACUGAGGCUCACACAGGGGUUUAUACACUGACUGUCAACACAGGAAACAAAAGUCUGCAUCAAGAGUUUAUCAUCACAGUGCUAACAGCAACCACAACAGAACAAACUCACUCAGCAGUCUCAACAGCAUCUCUGAAUCGUAACAUGGAUCUUGUGACAGUGCCAUCACAGUCUAAUGUAACUGCGGAGGGUUUGGUUGAAUCAGCAGACAGCAGCUUUACCACAACACCGACCACUGGGCUUUCAACCAUUGACAGCAAUGCAACUUGGACCAUGAGUAUGGGCACAGCUGUAAGCGAUGAUAAUCCAAACUCCAGAAAUGUCACAGAUGGAGAGCAUAUGACAUCUUUAACAAAUUCUACACAUAUCAGUGUCACGUCAUCCCCUGCCACACACACUGAUCCCUAUCACUUCAACAACUCCACGGACCAGGAGAUAAACCCGACUCACAAUUUGAACACAACCAAAGGAUCAGUGGCCAUCAGUCUAGACACAACAUUAAGUGCCACCCCAACUCUGGGCACUGUAAAUACAAUGACACCCAUUGAGGAUGAAGAUACUGCUGUUGUACGGAGUCGUCUGUUGUUGCCGUUAAUCAUCAUUCCAAUCCUGGUAUUGAUUGCUGUGGCUGGCUUUCUCUACAGAAGAAAACUUAUAAAGGAGAGGAUGGAUCUACCGCCUCCAUUCAAACCCCCUCCUCCUCCAGUAAGGUAUACAGCUGCAAGACACCAUGAUAUUUCAACCCAGUCAUUCCCCACUUCAAGAUGUAACUCAGUGACAGAACUUAAAGAUAUGAAACAAGUUAAUAUGUAUAUAUAUUAAUAUAUAAUGCCUGAUAUAUUGCACAAUGACAGUAUUCAGUCAUUGUGGGGAUCUAGUGUAAGCUGUAUCCUAACUUGAUUACAUGCAGAAUUAUUAAAGAUAAUACUUGCAGUUGUAGACAGUAUCAAAGUGCAGUUACAACACAGUUGCAGGCAAUUGUACAAAUGUGGGCUGUGUAUAUCUGGGGUGGGUGUUCUUUUUUAAAAAAAUGUAUUACAUUUUGCCAUACAGUUUCUAACAUUUGAAAAUAAAAGAUGUUUUAUUUUGUCUCUAAAUUGACUUUGAGCUAUUGCACUGCAGGUGCUUGUGUUAUUUACAUUCUUGCAAUAUUAUAUAUUCACUGUGACUUUUGAAUAAAGUCCCAGCUAUUGUAUCUUACGCAGCAGUAAAAAAGCAUUGCAAUGCAUAGAAACAUAACUGUUUGAACUAUAUGGCAGAUUUACUUCCUUUAAGGUAAUUCUGGCUUCAUCUGUUAAGCCUGUGAUUUAGGAUUUCUUGCACAGAAGCCCGAUGUAUUUCUCUUGU